UUCCACUUCCACAUAGAAACAAAUUUUCCAAUUCCAUUGAAAAAGAAAUCAUCAAGCUUUUUCUGACUUUCUCUCUACAUUUACCUCCGCUAGCUUUGUUCUUGAUCGCCAAAGCGGUGAAAAAUUUGUUCUUUAGAAUGGAUACUAAGAUUGGUUCACUCGAUGUGUGUAAACCGAGUUCCACCGACGUUGGGAGUCCACCCAACGGCACUGUUGCUACCAUUCAGGGCUCCGUGUCCCCCACCGUCAUCAACUCCUGUGAAGCCACUCUGGGUCGCCACUUGGCUAGACGGCUCGUUCAGGUUGGUGUGACCGAUGUUUUCUCUGUUCCGGGGGAUUUUAACUUGACUCUGCUUGACCAUUUGAUAGCUGAGCCGGAGCUUAACCUGAUCGGCUGCUGUAAUGAACUUAACGCUGGAUACGCCGCUGAUGGUUAUGCCAGGUCACGUGGCGUUGGUGCUUGCGUUGUGACGUUUACCGUCGGUGGGCUCAGCGUUUUGAACGCGAUCGCUGGUGCUUAUAGUGAGAAUCUGCCUCUUAUUUGCAUUGUGGGCGGACCGAACUCCAAUGAUUAUGGAACUAACAGGGUUCUUCAUCACACUAUUGGGUUACCUGAUUUUAGCCAAGAGCUUAGAUGUUUCCAGACUGUUACUUGCUAUCAGGCUGUUGUGAAUAACUUGGAGGAUGCUCAUGAAUUGAUCGAUACUGCAGUUUCAACUGCUUUGAAAGAAAGCAAGCCUGUUUAUAUCAGCAUCAGCUGCAACUUGGCUGCAAUUCCUCACCCUACUUUUAGCAGCGAGCCUGUUCCGUUCUCACUCUCUCCAAAAUUGAGUAAUAAGAUGGGUUUAGAGGCGGCCGUAGAGGCAACAGCAGAGUUCUUGAACAAGGCGGUGAAACCUGUUUUAGUAGGUGGACCAAAGCUGCGUGUUGCGAAGGCAUGCGAGGCCUUUGUUGAGUUGGCUGAUGCUAGCGGUUAUGCUUUGGCGGUGAUGCCAUCAGCUAAAGGACUGAUCCCUGAGCAACAUCCUCAUUUCAUUGGGACUUAUUGGGGUGCUGUUAGCACUGCUUUUUGUGCUGAGAUCGUUGAAUCUGCUGAUGCUUACUUGUUUGCUGGACCGAUUUUCAAUGACUAUAGCUCUGUUGGCUACUCUCUGCUUCUUAAGAAAGAGAAGGCAAUUAUUGUGCAGCCUGAUCGGGUGGUGAUUGCUAAUGGGCCUGCGUUUGGAUGUGUUUUGAUGAAAGAUUUCCUUAGAGCUCUUGCCAAGAGGGUCAAGCACAAUAAUACUGCUUAUGAGAAUUACCACAGGAUUUUUGUUCCUGAGGGGCAUCCUUUGAAGGCAUCACCUAGAGAGCCCUUGAGGGUUAAUGUUCUGUUUCAACAUAUACAGAAUUUGCUCUCUAGUGAUACUGCAGUGAUUGCUGAAACAGGAGAUUCUUGGUUUAACUGCCAGAAACUGAAGUUGCCUAGGGGAUGUGGGUAUGAAUUCCAAAUGCAGUAUGGAUCGAUUGGGUGGUCAGUUGGUGCCACUCUUGGGUAUGCACAGGCUGUUCCAGAGAAACGUGUCAUUGCUUGCAUUGGCGAUGGUAGUUUCCAGGUUACCGCACAAGAUGUAUCAACAAUGCUGCGAUGUGGACAAAAUACCAUAAUCUUCCUGAUAAACAAUGGUGGAUACACCAUUGAAGUUGAGAUUCAUGAUGGACCAUACAAUGUGAUCAAGAACUGGAACUACACCGCCUUGGUCGAUGCAAUUCACAAUGGUGAAGGCAACUGCUGGACAACCAAGGUCUUUUGCGAGGAAGAGCUCAUUGAAGCUAUUGAGAUGGCAACAGGAGCCAAGAAGGACUGCUUAUGUUUCAUUGAGGUGAUAGUUCACAAGGAUGAUACUAGCAAAGAACUGUUGGAAUGGGGCUCCAGGGUCUCCGCUGCUAACAGCCGUCCCCCAAAUCCUCAGUGAACUCUUGGAUGCUGGAUGUUAUUUGCUUCAAACCCUUUUUAAAGUACAUAAGAAUUACUAGCACAAGUUCAUGGAUGCAGAGUUAAAUCUAUCUUUUUCAACAAUUUGUUUUGAUCUGUGGAGUGCUUGCGGAUAUUUUAUGUACAUUCACUUUGGAUUUCGUUUCUAAGUAAUGAAUGUUUUGGUUUCAUUUCUCGUGA